UCUAUGUAGUGUAGAUAUCUGUGAUUAUACUCUAGGUGGCGCUGCUCGCUUCCAAUAAGUUAUAAACGAAGAAGAAGGACACUCCCGGUAUCCGUAUCGCGAAGUGGGCGGAGUUUGUUAAGCGGUUUAUUGCGCGCGGAAAAUGAACCGUUUGUUGUUGUUGAUGUUAGCGCCUUAGCAACGGAGCUAACUUAGCUUAGCUUAGCUUAGCUUAGCUUUAACUGUCUACACAAGUCAGUUCGUAUCAGUUCUAUAAUUUAAUUUUAAAGAUGUUUUAGUUUUUAUUGUAAAGAGUAACUAAUAACGUAGUUAGCUGGUGAGACGUUAUUAACGUUAAUAACCACUGGGUCAUAACAUCUGUCUUAUAGAGUUAUUACUGUUAAGAGCUUUCUGUGAAGAUGAGCUGCACAUUGGACGAUCCGUCACUGGACAAGAAGUUUAAAGGUCACAGAGACUCGAUCAGCAGCCUGGACUUCAGCUCCAACACCAAACAAAUAGCUACAGGCUCAUUGGACUCAUGUGUGAUGAUCUGGAACAUGAAGCCUCAUGCGAGAUCGUACCGGUUUGUUGGACAUAAAGACGGCGUGCUGUGUGUCCACUUCUCUCCAUCAGGACAGCUCCUCGCCUCGGCCUCACGCGACAGAACUGUACGCCUCUGGCUGCCCACCGUGAGCGGAGAGUCGAGUGUGUUUAAAGCUCACACAGGGACGGUGCGGAGCGUCAACUUCUGCAGUGAUGGACAGACUUUAGUCACUGCAUCAGAUGAUAAAACAGUGAAGGUUUGGACUGUACAUCGGCAGAGAUUCCUCUUCUCCUUUAACCGUCACAUCAACUGGGUCCGCUGUGCAAAGUUUUCUCCAGACGGGAGAUUAAUCGUCUCAGCGAGCGACGACAAAACGGUGAAGAUCUGGGACAAGAACAGCCGAGAGUGUGUUCACUCCUUCUGUGAGCACAGCGGCUAUGUGAAUUACGCUGAGUUUCACCCCAGUGGGACGUGCAUCGCUGCUGCCAGCACAGACAACACAGUUAAAGUGUGGGACAUUCGCACACAUAAACUGCUACAGCAUUACCAAGUCCACAGUGGACCAGUGAACUCUCUGUCCUUCCACCCAGCUGGGAAUCACCUGAUCACCGCCUCCACUGACUCCACACUGAAGAUCCUCGACCUGCUGGAGGGCCGACUGUUAUACACACUGCACGGACACCAGGGCUCAGCUUCCUGUGUAUCGUUUUCAAGAACAGGAGAUUACUUCGCCUCCGGAGGCUCGGACGAACAAGUGCUGGUGUGGAAGACCAACUUCAGCGCUGUAGGUUACGGUGACGUGAUGAAGAGGCAGCGGUCGGCUGAAGCUCCCGUACAGGCUCCAGAAGUCUCAGACGUGUCUCAAUGUGACUCUAGGCUGAACGCUCCCUCGUCUCACAGACAAGAAGCUAGCUGUGACUCCGCCCACACAGAGCCGAACCAAUCAAAUCACUCUGAUCUGUCUGUGUCAGACACACACCUUUCUCCUACACUCACCACAACACUGCAGCACAUCGUGGGUCAGCUUGACGUCCUCACACAGACGGUGUCCAUACUGGAACAGAGACUGACUUUGACGGAGGACAAACUAAAGGAAUGUGUGGAGAAUCAGCACAAAAUCAAUCUGCAGCUUCAGAACAGAACUUAGUCUGGUCUCUAAGAGCCCCCGUCUGGUCUCUAUCAGCCCCCGUCUGGUCUCUAUCAGCCCCCGUCUGGUCUCUAUCAGCCCCCGUCUGGUCUCUAACAGCCCCCGUCUGGUCUCUAACAGCCCCCGUCUGGUCUCUAUCAGCCCCCGUCUGGUCUCUAUCAGCCCCCGUCUGGUCUCUAUCAGCCCCCGUCUGGUCUCUAAGAGCCCCCGUCUGGUCUCUAAGAGCCCCCGUCUGGUCUCUAAGAGCCCCCGUCUGGUCUCUAUCAGCCCCCGUCUGGUCUCUAUCAGCCCCCGUAUGGUCUCUAUCAGCCCCCGUAUGGUCUCUAUCAGCCCCCGUCUGGUCUCUAAGAGCCCCCGUCUGGUCUCUAACAGCCCCCGUCUGGUCUCUAUCAGCCCCCGUAUGAUCUCUAUCAGCCCCCGUCUGGUCUCUUAUCAGCCCCCGUCUGGUCUCUAAAAUUCCCUGGUGUUUUCAGACAGUUAUCUUUUAGCACUGAGUUGUUUGUGUGUUGAUUGUAGCAGCAGUGACCUUUCUGCCAGUUGUAUGUCUUC